AUGGAUGUCCAAAGUGUGGAAGACUGGAGCAAGGGCGCACGAGAGGUGGCACUCCUCGACUCGAGGCAGAGGAGCCCCAGAGUGGUGGAGAGGGGAGGGGAGCGGCAGCUCGAGGAGUCCCGCUACGAUCCUGGACUGACGCUCGUGGACAGCGGCAGUGACCCACGCGCCUGGCUGGCUCUGGUGCAGCCUUCUGGCACCUGCGCGGCACACGCCACUUCACCCGACUACCUGCUGCACUCGCCCUGCCCGAGCACCGGCUCCUUUCACGAGAGUGGCUCCCCGGAGUCCUCGGGCCACCCCAGCCCUCCCAGCUACAGAAAAACUGCCAAGAACCCCUCCUCUUCUUCGCUCAAAGUCAGGGACCUGUGCCGUCUUAAAGGCGCGGUCACCGGGCCCGAGGAGGACGCAUCCUCGAGACAGAGAGCCCCGUCCAGCAGACCUGCCAACGGGGUCCAGAAGCAGAGGCGCGUGGCCGCCAACGCGCGCGAGAGGAGGCGGAUGCACGGCCUUAACCACGCGUUUGACGAGCUGCGCAGCGUCAUCCCGGCGUUUGACAACGACAAGAAGCUCUCCAAAUAUGAAACUCUACAGAUGGCGCAGAUCUACAUCAACGCUCUCGCUGAUCUGCUGGAAGGCCCGGUGUCCUCCAACAACAGCAAAAACGACGUCGCAAACAGUACCAACAACUCGCCAAAGUGUGACGUUAUGCUUUCACCCACCGUGAGCUUCGACGGGGCAAAGGACAGGGCUUCCCCGUCCCCGACGACCUGUAGGACAGCAGGGGCUGUGUCCGUCUCAGGUAGCAGCUUACCUGUGCACAUCAGCGGGAUGCCCUUCCGCUCCUCCUUCGACGACGCUUCAUUUUCCGCCAUGGUUGAAGAAGCGAUGUGUUCGCCCUCUCCUGCGUCCUCCACUCGGGCAGUCACGUCGCUCGCACCGGUCGGAGGUGGGAGGAAGGAGUCUCCCCGGAGCGACGGAGAGUUUUCCCCGCACUCCCACUUUAGUGACUCGGAUGAAAUAGCGAUGGAGCUCCACUCAAGUGAAGAAGACGACCUUACAGAACUCAAGCUUCGCCACCGUCACCACACAGUUUCCUUCUGA